UCAUAGUACGAGCCAGCUGCAUCUAUAGCUAGUAUAGUUACUCGAGAGUUGCCAAGAUCAGCAUCUUACUAUAUGGCUCUCGUGGUUCCACUCCUGCUGGUGACCAUUUUGUUGUGUCCUCUCUCCCCUGAGGCACAGGAGUACUACGUCACUCCCACCCCACCACCCAAUCCUGACUGUCCUUUGGACCAACCUUGUCACACUCUGAGCUACUAUAUAUAUGCCAGCAAUGCAUCGUCUCUUUUCAAUGAUAGAGAGAAUGUAUCUCUGCUAUUUUUAGACGGUUUUCAUAGCUUGGAUGUAUCUCUGGUAAUUUCACAACUACAAUCUCUGACUAUAUCAGGUGUGAAUGCCAAUGGAAACCGUUGUGCCUCUAUCCAAUUCAACUCGCAGGUGAUCAAUGUUUCAGUACUCAAAAUUGAAAAUAUCAAACUACAACGAGUUAAUCUGACAAUUAGCAAUAUUGAUUGUUUUAUAAGUCAAAUUGCAGUUUACGAGGACUCAGCAGUUUCUCUAACAUCAGCUACAACCAAUGAGAUCAGUAUCAAGAAUUCCAUUUUUCUGAAAACUAACGUUUCCGCUCGUAUUAAUGGCAAUCAUUUCACGACUGUACAUAUAGCAAACACUGUUAGCCAAGAUUCAUACAGAGGCUUUCAAUUAGAAACAUCAACGGAUACACAAGUCUUUAUAACAAACACUACAUUUGAAAACGAAAUCAUUGGUCUACAAAUCAUAGUAGACGAUGAAAGCUUGAAAGUGGAAGUAAUAGACUCACAAUUUAUUAAAAAUGAAUUGGCUUGUCACACACAAGUUUUGGGGAGUGGGAAUCACUCUGUUGUAUUUCAAAAUGUUUCAGUAAUCGACAACUUAGCUAGAGAAACAUUUGCAGUUGGAAAUGUGAUUUUUAUUGGUCCAGCAACAGUUACAAUAGAGAAUUGCAUGUUUGACAACAACACUGGUGUAUCAGCCUUAGUGCUAGCACAUGUUCAGCUAUACUUCACCGGUGAAACAAUAUUUUCGAACAACACUGGAGUCAGUGGAGGAGCCAUACAGAUGAGCAAUACAACAAUGUGGUUGGAUAUUAGUACACACAUCAGGUUCAUCAACAAUACAGCAAGUGAAGUGGGUGGGGCCAUAACGAUUACACCAGAAGUUCAGUUAGCUCUAUACGCCUCUCUAAUUGGCUACCCUCCGUGCUUUUACCAACUAACAUUCGACCUAACAGAACCACUAGACAACCAGACCCUUCCAGUGUCAGUAACCUUUUCAGGCAACAAAGCUCGAAGAGGAGGAGAUGAUAUCUAUGGUGCUGGCUUACAAAACAACUGCAAAAUGACACCUAACCGACAAAUUAGUAGCUACAUGGUGCAAGAUAAAAUAUUCCAAUUUGAUACUCGUACAUUGUCUUCGAUUUCCAGUGAUCCCAAGCGUGUAUGUUUCUGCAAAAAUAGAAAACCAUUGUGUGUUACAGAAAAAAAUUCAGAUCUCAAUGUAUCAGUUACUCCUGGUGAGAAGUUCAAUUUAAGUGUUGCACUUGUUGGAAACGAUUUCGGUUUAGUCACAGGAGGUGUAUACGCCUUGGAUAGAACCGGAGAAGACGUGACUUUUCUCUUUUCUCUUAGAAAGAAUCUACAGCAGAUUACUGAUUUACGCUGUACAGAUAUUGAGUACUCCGUACACCCAGUUAGUGAAAACACAACAACUGUCGAACUAUUACUCGCUACUGACAGUAUUUCAGCGUCCAUACAACGUAUUAUAUAUCAAAGUCCUAUUUUAGUCAAUAGAUACAAAACAUCAGUAAGACAGUUCCUCAAUCAAAAUGAAAUAAAUAUCUUUCUCCUCACUGCUCCAGCGUUUAUCAGGAUAAAGAUUCUCCCCUGCCCUUCAGGUCUAUACGUUUAAGUGAGGGUGUCUAUAAAACAUGCCAAUGCAGGCCAGAGCUAUCAAAAUUUGUUGAAAAUUGUGCUGUUAUUAACAACACCGUUGUGUUAUAUCGAAAUGGAACCAGUUGGAUUGGAACAUCCCCAUUAAACAAUUCUACUAUAAUAGCUAACAAGAACUGCCCUUUUGGUUACUGCAAGUCAGAGACACUCGGAAUCAGUUUGGACAAUCCUGACAUCCAGUGUGCUCUCAAUCACAGUGGUGUUCUCUGUGGAGGCUGUCCACCUGGUCUCAGUCUGGCUAUCGGCAGCUCUAGGUGUAUAGAUUGUCCUGACAACAAUGGUGUUGCCUUGUUAGUAUUGUUCAUUGUGGCAGGCGUGGUUCUUGUAUUGUUCAUCAAACUACUAGACAUCACUGUUGCUCAUGGAACUAUAAAUGGACUGAUUCUCUACGCUAAUAUCAUCUGGAUUAAUCAGGGAAUAUUUUUUCCUGUUCUUAUUGAACAAGCAGAUCUAAACUUUUCAAACUUGUACUAUUUCUUGAGAUUAUUUGUUGCAUGGCUAAACCUUGAUUUUGGCAUUGAGACAUGCUUCAUCAAAGGAUUGGAUGCUUAUGGUAAAACUUGGCUGCAGUUUGUUUUCCCCACUUACCUGUGGUUAAUAGCACUGCUCAUUGUUUUGCUAUGUCGAUACUCGACCAGAGCAACUAAGAUUUUUGGUUAUAAUGCAGUGUCUGUGCUGACUACAUUGAUUUUGCUAUCAUACACAAAACUCCAACGGACUACAGUCCUCAGUUUAGGAGCAUCACAGCUAAGCCAAUUCAAUCCUAACAACAUACAAACAACUUGGAGGUUGGAUAGCAAUAUCAAAUACUUUGGAUACCCUCAUGCAUUUCUUUUUGUUAUGGCACUAGCUGUAGCUGUACUCCUAUCUCUCCCAUUCAUCCUAAUCCUUCUCUUUGCUGGUCAUCUUCACAGGCUACCUUGUGCCUCUAUUGCUAGUCGGGCUAUAAAGUUAAGACCUCUACUAGACACGUUCACUGGACCACUGAAGGCUAAGCAUCAGUAUUGGGUGGGUUUGGCAUUUCUUAUUCGAGGUGUUUUAGUGGUAAUAGCUACAAUCUUUGAGGCAGCUAAUCCAACAGUCAGAAUUGAUUUGGUUGUGCUUGUUUCUGCUCUUCUCUCCCCAGUUGUUCUUAAAGUAUACAGGGAAAGGUAUUUAUGUUUUCUUGAGUUUACAUAUUUAUUCAAUUUGAUAAUUCUUGGUGUUGCAUUUUUGUCAACAGAUGAUCUUGAAAGUCGUGUUACGUGUACGUGCAUAUCGGUCGCAAUAAGCUUCUUGAUCUUUGUGGGUAUUGUAGUCUACCAUCUGUACUUGAUUGUAAGUAAGUGUUACAAAGCAAGAAAGGUGCGAAAAGCAGAAAACACAAUCCAACAACAACCAAUAAAGAAAGUGACAACAUACGAGGUUGAUAUUGGUGAUUUUCUUACAAAGACAUGGCUAGAGCUUCGUGAAGAUCUUCUGGAGAGCAAUAACUGAGCACUUACAUUUGCACUAUAUAUAGCUGUAGCUGUGACACUGUUCAUCUAUACUUGCACGCAUUGUAUGUUUGAUAUAUUACGUUAAUUGCUUUGUGAUUGAGUGUGUAUACGUAUAUAUAUAUAUAUUUACUUGCGUGCUGGU